CACCUGGGCACGGCCGCCGGGCGCGCCGCCAGGCCGGGAGGGCCGCGCGCGGGCGGGGCGGGCGCCGGCAGGGCCGGCUGAGCCGCGCCGGCCGCUCGGGCAGCUCGGGCCGCGGCGCGUGGAGGCGCGGAGCACUUGCCCCGAGGGCCUGUGGCGUCGCAGGCGCCGCCCGAGCGCUGGCCAUGAGGGCCCUGUGGAUGGCGCUGUGCGCGCUGGCCCGGCUGUGGCCCGGGGCCCUGGCCGGCUGCGCCGAGGCCGGGCGCUGCUGCCCCGGCCGGGACCCCGCCUGCUUCGCCCGCGGCUGGAGGCUGGACAGGGUCUACGGGACGUGCUUCUGCGACCAAGCCUGUCGCCUCACCGGGGACUGCUGCUUCGACUACGACAGGGCAUGCCCAGCUCGCCCGUGCUUCGUGGGGGAGUGGAGCCCCUGGAGCGGCUGCGCAGAGCAGUGCAAGCCCACGAGCCGCGUGCGGAGGCGCUCGGUGCAGCAGGAGCCGCAGAACGGCGGGGCGCCCUGCCCGCCCCUGGAGGAGCGAGCCGGCUGCCUGGAGUACUCCACGCCGCAGGGCCAGGACUGCGGGCAUGCCUUCGUCCCUGCCUUUAUAACUACCUCUGCAUUCAACAAGGAGAGAACGAGACCAGCUGCGUCUCCACAGUGGGCCACACACACAGAGGAUGCCGGGUACUGCAUGGAGUUCAAGACAGAGUCCCUGACUCCUCACUGCGCGCUGGAGAACCGACCUUUGACCCGGUGGAUGCGGUAUCUGCGGGAGGGGUACACAGUGUGCGUGCACUGCCAGCCGCCAGCUAUGGACGCCGCGAGCCUCCGCUUCGGGGACGGCCUGGACUCUGACGGAAAUCAAACUCUCCACUGGCAAGCAAUCGGCAAUCCUCGAUGUCAAGGAACUUGGAAAAAAGUCCGGAAAGUAGACCAAUGUUCUUGUCCAGCUGUUCACAGCUUUAUUUUUAUAUAGAUUGCGAUGUACAUGUUUCAAAAUGCAUUUGUAAACAUGAUAAAUAUUA